AAGACUUAACAACGCUGCAGCUGUGAAGGUUGUGUGGCAUACAAAAGGAAAAACAGUUGGAAAGCAGGAAGUGGAUCUGUUGCUCAGACUUUUCUCCUCCCCAGUCUGACAUCACAGCAUUUAAAUCGAACUUGUAGGAGGUGUGGCAGUUUAGUCUGAGGGAAUAAGGGACUGCGUUUGUUGUGGAGUUUGACCAGAGAUACAAGCUUCAUAUAACACACGCAGGUCAAAAUGAAGAGUCUGGUUCCAUUUGUUGGACUCAUCUUGGUGUUUCUCUUGAGCCAAACAGAAACCAAACGGGGUACGGCAGUUUCCUCUCAAGGAAAAGACUGCACACAGAUUAAAGCUCUCUCUCCAAAUGCAUCCAGUGGGGUUUACGUAAUCCAGCCUCAUGGAGUCAAGGCCCCAUUUAAGGUGUACUGUGAGAUGCGGGCAGAUGGAGGCUGGAUGGUGUUUCAGAGGCGCAGCGGAGGAGAGGUUUCCUUUCACAGGAAGUGGGCUGCAUAUAAAAAUGGUUUUGGAAACCUGACACACGACCACUGGCUCGGUCUGAAGAAGGUUUUCAUUGUGACCAAGCACAAGACCAAGAAGUGGACCAUGAGGGUGGAUUUAUCAGACCACAACGGGGCCACCGCCUUCGCUGAGUACAAAAACUUCAAACUGAGAAAUGGGAAGGAACAUUUCAAACUGCAUGUCGGGAAAUACACAGGAAACGCAGGUGAUGCCAUCCGUGGUGCCAACGGAGAAGUUGACCAGAACGGCUACGGCUUCAGCACUAUUGACCGUGACAACGAUGGCUGCUCGCCCUGCAUCUUUGGUGACAUUGCUCAAAGAGAAUGUACCUUCACAGAGGGCGGAGGCUGGUGGUACAGUAGAUGUGGUUCUGCCGGGCUGAAUGGUGAUUGGCAUCCUACCGGUGAUCACAUUGGCUGGGGGUCCGGCCUCCACUGGAGAACCUGGAAAUCUCACGGGGUGCACUCUCUCAAGACCAGCAGAAUGAUGAUCAAGUCUGUGUGAGAGGAGGCCGCACAUGUUUAACUUCAGGCUGGAUUUUGUUGCAGCACAGCUAUUUUAGUACCCGAGUGUCUCUGCUUUUAAGGUUAACUGUGUUACUUUGUUAUUGUUUUCAGUGAACUGAGAAAUGUGUUUAGUCGAUAUGUAAGGAGCAAGUGCAUUUCUGUCAUUAUGAAUCAUCUAUGUGCAAACAUAGUCAUUAAAGGCUUGUGGGUAAUAAUCA